AUGGCUACAAUUUCCAUAUCUUCAAGGACAACAGCUUUAGCGAACUAUGCCCUCAGAAAGACGUCGGUGUUUGUAAGAAGCAAUCUUAGCGGCGUUGCAAACACCAUUAAGGACUAUGAUUACGUUCUCUUCUUAGACUCUGAUAUUGGAGUAGUCAACCCAAAACGGCUCAUAGAAGACUUCAUCGAUCCUCAUGCGGACAUCACCUUUUAUGACCGUUUCUAUAACUGGGAGAUUAUGGCUGGAAGUUACCUGGUGAAGAGUUCUAAUUGGUCAAUUGCUUUUCUUCAGGUUGCAAACACCAUUAAGGACUAUGAUUACGUUCUCUUCUUAGACUCGGAUAUUGGAGUAGUCAACCCAAAACGGCUCAUAGAAGACUUCAUCGAUCCUCAUGCGGACAUCACCUUUUAUGACCGUUUCUAUAACUGGGAGAUUAUGGCUGGAAGUUACCUGGUGAAGAGUUCUAAUUGGUCAAUUGCUUUUCUUCAGGGUUUUGCCGCAUACGAAUCUCGGGUUCCAAAGAAGACGAUUGGAAGUGACAAUGGAGCAUUACAUAGGUCCCGUAAAGUGGACUUUGAAGAAAAUACUUAG